CACCUGCCCCUGUGGCCCCGCCCAAAGUGCUGAUGUCAGUUGGCUGCCAGACGGAGUAUGACCCACUCUUCCCUCCGCUGCAGAUUAUGGCCCAGGGGAAGGGUCCACAACCACAGGUUAAUAAACUGGACAACAUGCUGGGCAGUCUUCAGUCUGACCUCCACAAGCUGGGAGUGCAGACGGUUGCCAAGGGAGUGUGUGGCGCCUGCUGCAAACCCAUUGUUGGCCAGGUGGUAACUGCCAUGGGGCGCACAUGGCAUCCAGAGCAUUUUGUGUGCACACACUGCCAGGAGGAGAUUGGUUCCAGAAACUUCUUUGAGAGGGAAGGACAGCCAUACUGUGAGAGAGAUUACCACCAUUUAUUCUCUCCGCGCUGCUAUUACUGUAACGGACCCAUACUGGAUAAAGUGGUGACGGCGUUAGACAAGACGUGGCAUCCUGAGCACUUUUUCUGUGCCCAGUGUGGGGCGUUCUUUGGUCCUGAAGGAUUUCAUGAGAAGGAUGGAAAGGCGUACUGUCGUAAAGACUACUUCGACCUGUUUGCUCCUAAAUGUGGCGGUUGUGCUCGUGCCAUCCUGGAGAAUUACAUCUCUGCCCUGAGCGCCCUCUGGCAUCCAGAGUGUUUUGUGUGCAGGGAGUGCUUCACACCCUUCGUCAACGGCAGUUUCUUCGAGCACGACGGUCAGCCGUACUGUGAGGUUCAUUAUCACUCCCGCCGCGGGUCGCUGUGUUCUGUGUUGUUCAGGUUAAUGUGUCUGACUCUCGACAUCCCCACAUGA